AUGUCGAAGAUAAAAAGAGAAGCAAUAGAUUCAAAUGCUGCUGAAGGGGACGACGAACAUGAUGAGAUAACUACGGAGAGGAGAGUGAUGUCGCCGGCGCAUUAUGUGUUCAAGAUCGAAUCUUUCUCUCUAUUGUCAAAGCACGACAUCAACAUGUACGAGACGAACGAGUUCAACGUUGGUUGUGUUGUUCUUUCUGAUUGGAUCCACGGCUUAGGAGACUUAGAUGAGUCUAGUGUAUCUGGGUAUCCAAGCAAAGAUGUGGUUAAGCUAACUACUGAAACUCUUCAUGCGUAUAAGCUUCUUGAACCUGGUGUUUUGUCAUUGUGUAGGAGAUUGAUUCUCUAUCCUAAUGGAGACAAGAGCAAGAAGGGGGAAGAUCACGUGUCCCUAUAUCUUGCUCUUUCUGAGGCCAAUCCUCUGAAAGUUGGCUGGGAGAUAAAUGCAACUGUUAGGUUCUUUGUGUUCGAUCAAAUUCACGAUGAAUACUUGUUAAGAGAAGGGAAAGACAGGAGGUUUCAUACGAUGAAGUCCAAAUGGGGUAUUCCAAGAUUUAUGCCGCUGAAAACUUUCAUCAAUCCGUCAAACGGCUACCUUGUUGAUGACACUUGUGUGUUCGGGGUGGAGGUUUUUGUUGCCAAAAGUUUAGGUCUGGGUGAAUGCUUGACACUAAAAGCGAGUCCGGAGUCUUUUAGUCACGAAUGGAAGAUGUCAAACUUCUCCACUUUGGUGAAUGAUUGCUACUCUGAAGUAUUCACUGCAGGGAAUCACAACUGGAAUUUACAUCUACAUCCAAGGGGUGACGGGCGUAACAGGGAGAAAAACCUUUCGAUAUUUCUUUGUUUAGCAGAUUCAGGUGAUCAGAAAGUCAAAGCCACUUUUACCAUUUGGUUAAAAGGGAAAGAUGGCAAGAAGCAUGAGGAGACAGGUGGUACUAAUUGGUUCAACAGUGCAGUUAAAAGUUGGGGUUGGCCCUCCUUCUUGCCGCUGAAAACCGUUCAAGAUUACUUAGUUGGCGAUGAGUGUGUCGUGGAGGCUGAAGUGGAAGUUCUUGGCACAUCGAAACUGAAGCUGCUGAAUCGUUUUGCCUGUGUAGUUCUUUAUUGCUUUCCUCUUCAGAUUCAAAGCCCGAAAACGGUGCCUUCUGACUUGUCUCUGGGGCAGAAGAUUGUAGAGCAACUUGCUCCUUAA